UAAUUCCUAUGGUUUUAAGAAUCAAGGUUUUUAAAUUGGGUGUUUAGGGUUACGAGUCCUUUCAGAUAGACGUUUUAGGGUUUUUGUUGCUUCGAGAAUGUAUUUAAACAGUUAAGAUCGUAUCGGAAUGGAUACGGUAGUCUCUAGUUAUUAUGAUUACUGAUGAUAUAAUGAGGGAAACGCGUUUUGCUAAUCGAAUUGUUCCAUAUCCCUGUUAAUAGGGAUUGUAUUUAGCUAGGAAUAUGGGGUUAUUAUAGUGGGAAUGGACGUAAUUAUUGUAAUCAUGUUUGUUAAUACUUAUGUAAUUUUUCUGUUUUGUUGGGUUUAUUCGAUUUUUUGCUAAAUCUGAUUUUCCACUAGAAACCUUAGAUUAAAUUGUUAGGGUUACGAGUCCUUUACGAUCAUAUCGGAAUGGUGGUCUAUAGUUAUUAUGAUUGCUGAUGUUAUUAUCAUAGAAAGCGCGUUUUGAUAAUCGAAUUGUUCCAUAUUGCUGUUAAUAGGGAUUGUGCUUAGCUAGGAAUAUGAGGUUAUUAUAGUGGGAAUGAACGUAAUUAUUGUAAUCAGGGAUGGCAGAGAAAGCCGGAUUCCGGUCAGAACAUCGAGCUGAGCUUAGGCAGCUAUUACUCGAUUGUAGAGCUGCAGAGGUAUGCGAAAUCGAGUUGCAAGAUCAUUGGUUAUGAUGGGAAAAUGCCGGUGGAAAGUAAGAUUGAAGACAACGUCGGUUUGGGAAAAGCGGUCGGCAGCGAGUGCAUAUGGAAAGAGGAUUCAAAUCAGGGUAAUAGCAAAAGGAGGAUCGUUCCCCUACUGAAACUAAUGGACAGCGGUAUGAGUGAGGCAACGGUAGAGAAGAAUGGGAAUCGAAUAGAGGCCGGGAAGCUACAGUCGUCUCAGUACAAAGGGGUCGUUCCGCAGCCCAAUGGAAGGUGGGGCGCGCAAAUAUACGAGAAGCACCACAGAGUUUGGCUGGGAACCUUCAACACACAACAGGACGCCGCCAGGGCGUACGACACCGCCGCCCUAAAAUUCCGCGGCCAAGACGCCAUUACCAACUUCACUGCUUUUAAUGAGAACCAACAGGAAACAAAUUUCCUUCGGCGGCAUUCGAAGGCACAGGUCGUGGACAUGCUCAGAAGACACACCUACAUCGAAGAGCUGGAGCAGUCCUUACAAGACAACCCAGCAGAGGCAAGCAAAAAUUCAAAUAUAGAUGAAGCUGAGCUCUUAGGUGGUAACUCUGAAGAUCUGCAUAGGCCUUCUCAUCCCAAGGAGCAUCUGUUUGAUAAGGCCUUGACGCCUAGCGAUGUGGGAAAGUUGAACCGACUUGUUAUUCCCAAGCACCACGCCCAGAGAUGCUUUCCGCUUCUCCAAGCCGCCUCCAGCGGGAAAGGUGUGAUUCUAAACUUUAAGGAUGCCAAGGGCAAAACAUGGCGGUUCAGGUAUUCAUACUGGAGCAGUAGCCAAAGCUACGUGCUUACAAAGGGCUGGAUCCGUUACAUCAAGGACAAGCAUCUUCAGCCAGGAGAUGUUGUGACAUUCCAUCGCAGCAUGGGUGGCUCCAGGCCGCUCUACAUCAGCUUUCACCGUCGACCCGGAAAUCCCAUUCACCUCAAACCAGUAGGUUUAGCUGGUUUUAGCCUUCCCCUACAGUCGGAUUACAGGACAUUCUAUUCGGCUCCAUCUGUUCAACAUCAAUCCACCAUCUCAAAGGGUUCGGCCGAGUGUUUGAUCCCAUCUUAUUCUUCAUCUGUUUACAAUUUCUACGGUAAGUCGGAUCUUAGGACAGUUGAUGAUAGCCUGCCAAGGAAAAGUUUUGGUUCGCUUUCUUAUCCUGAUUCUUCUUCAGCUGUUACAGUGUUUGGAGUAAAUCUAUGUCGAUCCUUGUCCACAUUAAAUCUCUUUCCGUGCUCUGACGAGGACUAUAAUAGUUUUCAAUCACUAGAAGGCUGCAGCGCUGUUAGGGUUUUAGAACCAGAAAAAGGGGUAGUCUCUUGAGAUGUUUUAUGUUUGUACAUGGCUUUCUCUAGGAAUAAUUCGUAUGCCGUCUACUUGAUGUUCAUUCUUUUAUCAGUAUCUCUCAGAAAUGAUAAAUGGGUAAGUUACUUUCGUUUGAAUUUUAUCAGUUUGGUAUAUGGUAUACCUCUUAGUUGAAGCCUCAGAGUUUCGGUUACCGAUGUGGUUCACUGAAAAGUACUACUAAUGCUAGUAAAGCUAGGUUAUUUCUUCAUUAAGAUUAUUUGGUUCAUUGUGGAACUGGAUAAUGAACUUCACCGUCGACAUGACUACCUGGUUUUUUACGACCUUUAUUCUGUCCAUUUUGUACAAGGUCUCAAAUCGUCAUAAGUGGCGAAUUUACCUUGUCUAUUUUGUUAUUCUACCUAUUCCGUCCCUUGGAGUUGCAUUUUCUAUGACAAAAUUUGUAAGAGUUAUAUGAAUCUAUAGAUAAUGCUAAUGUCCGUUAAAAAGUU